UCUGUUUGGCGAGCUUCAGCUGAGCUUUAGGAGCUGAAAAGGUUCUCUGCAUCUUAACAUUUUUGUGGACUUUUAGUCUUACGAGAACGUUUUUGCUCGACCAUGAAAUGAUGGUUUAAUUUCGAUCGGGACUCAGUUUUUCCGUUGGUGCAUUUGUGUCGGAACCAUGAACAUGUUGAGGAGAAGAAGUCAGUUUUUUGUUUUCCUGGACAAUGCUCUGUCUGUGAAAGCAGAAGAGGAAGGAGAAAUAGAAAGAGAGGAGGUUGCUCUGACUCCUUUUGAAGAAUAUCUGCAGAUGCUUCUGCAGAUGAAGAUGACCAUUUCUGAUCAGUUUGAUAACUUGGAAAAGCAUACACAAUGGGGGAUCGAGUUCGUGGAGAAGUACACCAAAUUUGUGAAGGAGCGAUCGGAGAUUGAGGUCAACUAUGCAAAACAAAUAAGAAACCUAUCAAAGAAAUAUCAACCCAAGAAGAACUCAAAAGAGGAAGAAGAGAGCAAGUACACCUUCUGUCGAGCCUUCCUGACCACCCUCAACGAGUUGAACGACUACGCAGGUCAACACGAGGUCAUCGCCGAGAACCUGACGUCUCAAAUUAUCACUGAGCUGACGCGCUACCUGCAGGAGCUCAAGACCGAAAGGAAAUCGCAUUUCCAUGAUGGGCGGAAGGCUCAGCAGCACAUCGAAAGCUUGUGGAAGCAGCUGGAAUCAAGUAAACGGCGGUUUGAGAGGGACUGUAAAGAGGCGGACAGAGCGCAGCAGUACUUUGAGAAGAUGGACGCUGACAUUAACGUGACUAAGGCCGAUGUGGAGAAGGACUCGAAGCAGGUGGUGGAGUCCUACAAGUCCGGCUUUGAGCCCCCAGGCGACGUGGAGUUUGAGGACUACGGUCAGGCCAUGAAGAGGACGGUGUCUGAGACCAGCUUGUCCAACUCUAGAGAGGGCAAAGAGAAACCUGCUGGCAAGAGCAAAGGCAAACUGUGGCCUUUCAUCAAGAACAAGAACAAGCCCCCACCUGCCCCCCCAGCCUCGUCCUUGCCCUCACCCUCUGCUGUUCCCAAUGACCCCCAGUCUCCCAAGCAGCACAAGGAGCCCCUCUCCCACCGCCUCAACGACUUCAUGGCCUCCAAACCCAAAAUGCAGUGUCUCCGGAGCCUGAGGCGAGGGCUUUCUCUCAAGCUGAUCACACUCAAUUUCCACGUCCGGAGUCUGAUUGAGGGUUCUGGACCAGAGGACUUCAGCCACCUGCCUCCAGAGCAGAGGAGAAAGAAGCUGCAGGGCAAGAUUGAUGAACUGAAUAAAGACAUUCAAAAAGAGAUGGACCAGAG